AGGAGCCCUCUGCGCGGGGCCUGCCUCUUCCGGCCUGAACGCAAAACUCCGGAGACGGAAAAAGCCGGCCGAGGGAACCCCGGGUGUAAUGGACACCUGGAAAAUAUACUCACCAAUUUUAAAUCUGUCUCAUCACUUCUGUGGCUCAGUGAUCUUCCGAUUUCUUCUGAAAUCGUGGCGUGCCUUGGUCCCUAGCCCACAAUGUGGAGCCACCUAUUUGGCCUGGGCUGCAAGGCAGGUCUUCCUCUCUCCUCCCGCAGCAGAGCAGGACUUACAAUCUUGUGGCAACAUUUAAGUACAAUGAAGGUGGAAUCGGCUGAAUUCCAGUCCCUCUUCACACCAGGACUCAAAAGUGUAGCAGAACUGUUUGACAGAACAAAUUAUGAACUCCGAAUAGCCGGAGGUGCUGUGAGGGACUUACUCAGUGGCAUGAAGCCACAAGACGUUGACUUUGCCACCACUGCCACACCUACUCAGAUGAAGGAGAUGUUCCAGGCUGCGGGUGUCCGUAUGAUCAACAAUCGAGGGGAAAAACAUGGAACCAUCACUGCCAGGCUUCAUGAGCAGAACUUUGAAAUUACCACACUUCGGAUUGACCUAAUUACUGAUGGGAGGCAUGCAGAAGUGGAAUUCACGACUGAUUGGGAAAAAGAUGCUGAGAGGAGAGAUCUCACAAUUAAUUCUAUGUUCCUAGGCCUGGAUGGCACACUUUAUGACUUUUUCAAUGGCUAUGAUGAUUUAAAAAACAAAAAAGUCCGAUUUGUAGGACAUGCGAACCAGAGAAUACAAGAAGAUUACUUAAGAAUUCUGCGAUAUUUCAGGUUUUACGGCAGGAUUGCAGAAAAGCCUGGUGACCACGAACCCAAAACUCUGGAAGCCAUCAAAGCAAAUGCCAAAGGCCUGGCUGGGAUAUCAGGCGAGAGGAUUUGGAUGGAAUUGAAGAAGAUCCUUGUUGGGAAUCAUGCAAAUCAUCUUAUUUGCCUAAUGUAUGAACUCGAUGUAGCCAGCUACAUAGGAUUGCCUGUUAAUGGGAACUUACAAGAAUUUGACACAGUCUGUAAAAAUGUUCAGAAUCUCUUUCCAAAACCAAUGACAGUUCUAACAUCACUGUUAAAGGUCCCAGAUGACAUCUCAAAACUGGAUUUAAGGCUGAAAAUUUCAAAAGAUGAAAAAAACCUUGGCCUGUUUUUACUGAAGCACAGGAGAGACUUGGUCAAAGCUAUUGAUACUACAGAACCACUUAAGCCAUAUCAAGACUUCAUUAUAGAUUCGAGGGAAGUUGAUGCAACAUCCAGAAUCUGUGAGCUUCUAAAGUAUCAAGGGGAGGAAGGUCUUCUGAAUGAAAUGCAACAGUGGUCUGUCCCUACUUUUCCUGUGAGUGGCCAUGACAUUAGAAGAACAGGAAUUUCAUCUGGGAAAGAAAUUGGUGUCCUGUUGCAGGAGCUACGGGAUCAGUGGAAAAAGAGUGGAUACAGAAUGGAGAAAGAAGAACUCUUAAGCUUUGUAAAGAAGGCAUAAAGCAAAGAGAAGGUUUAACAUGUAAAAUAGUGAGUGAAACUGUAUCCGACUCCAUGUGUAAAUAGUUUAUCUUCUUGCUCAGAAUGGCACUUUCUUCCAAGAUCUUUUGAAGCAAUCUGAACUUUGUGUGGUUUUUUACAAAAGAAAAUAUAUAAAAUAUUUUGCAAGCGA